GGCAGCAGCAGACACUUGGCUUCAUAUGCACCGAACUCACAACAGCUAGCUAGCUAAACACUUUAUAGUUCCAUCUGAAAGAGAAUCGCCAAGAAUCUAACAUGCCCAAGAGAAAGCAGGGAGCCGCUGGGGACGCCAAGGAGGAGCCCCAGAGGAGAUCCGCCCGGUUAUCAGUGAAACCAGCCCCAGCCAAGACUGAAUCCAAGGCCAAAAAGGAGAAACCAGCAAAGAAAGAGAAGGCUGUGAACGACAAGGAGAAGAAAACUAAGAAGGCAGCAGCGAAGGAGAACACAGAGGCCGCUGAGGAGAACCACUCUGAGAAUGGAGGCGCCAAGACCAACCAGAUGGAGGAGGCUCCCGAGGCGGAGAAUGAGGAAGCCAAGUCUGAGUAGCAACACUGCCGACC